AUGGACGUCAUGAUGAGACCCUCGAUCGUUUUCAGGACAGCGAACAGUUUUCUGCCAUCCGAGAGGCUGGACUAUGAUGGACUUGACGCAUUCAAGCACCAUUUCAUGAUGCUACCCAGCCUCAUUUUCUCCGGCUUCCUUCUUUUUCUCCAUACCGUCGGCAACAUCAUGUGGGCACGCUGCCAACGAAAGUUGGUUCUACGUUUGAAAGGGUCACUGCGCACCUCUGGGCGUGCUGAGCCUCCAAAGGGCGACUCAAAAUGCGUCACGAUGGCUCUCUUGAUAUAUAUUAGCAUGUAUAUUGAUGUUAUCGAGGUUGAGGGCGUUGGACUGGUUGUUACAUGGAAAUUAUUGAACUUUUGCAAUACCUUUGCGUAUAUAUUGAAUGUCUAUCUACAUGUAUGCGAAGAGUUUGAGACUCAGCCGGAAUACGUGCAUCACCUGGAGUACUCCCAUCCCGGCAGCACACCCGAGCACUUCUCAUACUUUGUCGAGAGUGUCUAUUAUUUGUAUGCGGUGAACUCCAACCAUUCUGCGAAGACCUGCUCUCGCGUCGAUGAUCAACUGUCUUCAAAGCCCAAACCGCUGAACGGGCAGCACCACCCUGACCCCGGUCUUUGCAAAGCAAUGGUCGCGCAAGCGUCGAAUCCAACGCUGCCGCCUUCACUCUCCAUGACAGUUGAGGCAUCAAUCACGGUGCCAACCUCUUGCUUGACCUUGACUGCGGCGGCGCUCCCUGCUCCAGAAGCCACGAUGAGCACCAUCCUCCAAACCGCGUCCCGGCCACUCCCCAGCCUGGUAGCAGCCCAGCGAAACGAAGAUAAGCAAAUCACAGACAUGACAAAAACGCUGACGGACAGUCCUUUGCCAACCGAGCUACUGGACUAUGGUGUACUGGACAUCUUCAAGCACCAUCUCAUGGUGCUACCCAGUUUCGCCUUCUACGGCUUUGUUGGUUUCCUCUAUCAUGCCAGUAACAUCAUGUGGGCACGCCUCCAACGGAAAAUCAUCUUAUCUCUCAAAGCACCCCCGGCCAGUUCUCUGAAUUCUGGGCACCCAAACAGCGACUCAAAGAGUGAACCGAAGACGAAUAAUGACAACCAAUACGAAGACAGCAGAGGUUUCCUAUAUUACCUCGGCAUCGGCUUGCUAGGCUUCAUGUACCUCACCAUGUACAUCGACUAUGUCGUGGUCAAAUACGAUGCCGUUCUAACGCCGCCUCUACUGGUACAAGACAUCGUCAUCGGCCUUUGUCCUCUUGCUAUCCCCUAUGAGUUUUACAAGGAGUACCCAAGUGCAGCAAAGUGGCUCCUCGUGUGCUGGGCGGAAAUUUGGCUGCGGCAUACAUAUAUCUGGAUGAUUAUUUUCACAAUCUUCUCUGUUGGUCUUUUGUUCGAACUUGUGAUUAUCUCAGCGGUUUGUUCGGCUUUGGCACAAAGACUUAGUGGCGAGAGAGCUGUAGAACAGCAGGAUCAUAACGUGUUUUCAGUUGCAUGGUCGAAGGCACUGCCAGGGUUCAAGCAAGUUAUCAUGAGCCUUUGGAAGGCUUAUUCCACAGAUUAG